GUCGGUCGCUCAAGGAUGGCGGAGUCGGUUUGUCGCCCAGACGAGUGAACUCAGAGAUUCGGACUCGCGGCGCGGACUCGCGGGCCCAGCAGGGCCGCCAACCAGUGCAGUGAUUAGCGCGCGAUUUCAAAGCCGAGACGAUCGGACGGCCGCCUCGUCAACGUGACGCCGCCUUGUUUCUCCACCCGCGAGACGAGGAAGCGGAGAAGCGGAGCAACCUCGACGGGGACGUGCGUCUCGAGCCGCCGCACUUGCACUUGCAUCGCAUUGCAGCGCGCUGCAUCGCCGCGGACCGGCCACCACACUGCAUACACGUCGUGCCGCACGUCGUGCCGCACGUCGUCAUCGGCCAGUCGGCCAGUCGAUCUGGACCGCCCGGCACCGCCGCCGCCAUGUUGCUGUGGCAACCGGUCAUCGUGACACUGUGCCUCUUGGCGCGCGCCCAGGGCCAGGCUUCCAGCGCGUCGCUGUACGAGGGCUCGCCCUGCAAGAUGGCGGACGGGUCGCGCGGCCAGUGCAUCCCGAUGACGCAGUGCCCGUCCGCGCUGGCCCUCUUCAAGAAGGACCGGCGCAACUUCCGGCCCAAGCGCUGCGGCUUCUCCGGCUUCGUGGAGAUCAUCUGCUGCGCCGACGUGCCGCUGCGCCGCGCGGAGGAAGCGUGCCGCGACUUCACCAACGAGAUUAACCCCAGCAUCAACGUGUACAUCUACGGCGGCUCGGUGGCCGAGAAGGGCGAGUUCCCCCACAUGGUGGGUACCGACGACUUCGCCGAGCCCUUCGACGCGCCCAGCGACCUGCCCGUGUUCAGGUCCCUGUCGCGCGGCCCCCCGCUCUCCCGCGUGCCGCCCCCGGGGGCGCCGCCGCCGCGGCCACUGGCCCUGACCCUGGACGAUGACGUCACCACCGACGGGACGCUGGACUCGACGACCGGCCCCGACGACUCAGUCCAGGCUGGCGAGGCUGGUGAGACUGGCGAGGCGGUCGGCGCCAGGUUCGGCAUCCUGAAAGGCAUCCGGGAAGGGAUCAGGGAAGGGAUCCGCGGUGCCGUCCACCGCCACCAGGAGCGGGUCGACCACCUGCACAGGCACUUGCAGAACCUGUUCCCCGGACACAGGGACGACACCCGCCCCCCACACGACGAGCGCCACCCCUCGCACGACAACCUGGGCAACCACGACCAGUACCACGCCAACCCCACACUGGACCGCUACCCUGACCACCCUCCACGCGAACGCGAACCCGAAAACCCCGCGUUCGUGAACCCCAAUAACCGGCCCCCGUACGACCGCAACCCCGCCAACCCCAACCACCCCCCGCCCGUGGAGACCCACCCCCGGCCUCCCCGCGUCGACGCCCCGACGACCACCGCCUUCCCCGACGACUACGGCGCCCUGAUCGACCCCCGCAGCGGCGACGGCGGCCGCGAGCGCGAGUCGUUCGGCCAGUUCGAAGAGGAGACGACGUCGCGGCCGCGGCUGGUGCGCGUCAACGCCUCCACGGGGUUCACGGGCAAGGAGGGCCGACCCGGCAACUGGCGGGUGCCGCCGGACAGCGUCUGGGCGCGGCCGCCCUCCACCGCGCGGCCGCACUCCACCACGCCCGUCCCGGACUCGGACGGCGCCGUGGACCCUAGCAUCCCGCUGGGGUCACCGCCAGCCUCCUCCGAGGGCAAGGUGGGCGAGGACCUGGGAGGCAUCUCGCUGUACGUGAUCGGUGGCGAUGAGGCCCUCAAAGAGGAGUUCAGGCACAUGGUGGCGCUGGGGUACCGGGACCGGGGCAGCUCGUCCAUCAAGUGGGACUGCGGCGGCUCGCUCAUCAGCAGGGAGCACGUCCUGACCGCGGCGCACUGCGUCACCAACAGCUUCAAGGGUAAGCCGGUGAGCGUGCGCGUGGGCGCCCACAACCUCACGGACGCGGACGGCGAGCAGCGCGCCGUGCUGCAGGUGUCGGUGCACCCGGACUACAGCACCAAGUCGCACUACAAUGACCUGGCCGUGCUGCGCAUCGAGGCGGUGCGCUUCUCGGAGCGCGUGCAGCCCGCCUGCCUCUACUCGCGGCCGCGCGCCCCGGACUCGGGCAUGCUGGCCACCGGCUGGGGCGUCACGGACAUCGACCAGCUGGACCAGACCUCGGACGUGCUGAUGAAGGCCGGCAUGGACCAGGUGCCGCUGUCGCGCUGCAACGCGUCCUUCGCCAGGGCCAUGUCCUCGCGCCUCGCCAGGGGCAUCCGGCCGGAGCAGCUCUGCGCGCGCGGCAGCAACGGCAUCGCCGACACGUGCCUGGGUGACUCCGGUGGGCCGCUGCAGGUGCUGGAGAAGCCCCUGGGCCUCUACUCCAUCGUGGGCAUCACGUCCUUCGGCCAGCUGUGCGGCGGCAUGGGCGUGUACAUCAGGGUGUCCGCGUACCUCGACUGGAUCGAGGACGUGGUCUGGCCGUCGUCGUCCUGACUGGCGGCGCCGCCCGGGCCGCCGCGUCGACGCGAGGACCGCGACGACGUCCGGGGACAGCAAGGGAGGCGCGA